UUCACUCAAGACAACCGAUCAUUGGUUCAGAAGUUAUGGGGAUUUGGUUUCACUCUAACGAAUGAUUUUUCUAAUGAAAUGUUCGCCACUUUUAUCGCAAACAACAAGUCGUUGAAAUGUCUUAGAGCUUGGGCUGAAGGUGAAAGUCCUCCGAAAAGGUCUGUCAUUAAAAUGAUGACACAAAUAAGUGAAUUAAAACAACUCCGGGAACUGGAUCUAUAUAUUUACGGCAACGGAGAUCCGAUGGACUACUUGCCGUACAAAUGGUUUGCCAAAAUCGGUGCCAAAUGUCGACAAUUGAAACGAUUUACCCUUCUAAUGGUGUCCAAUUCAUGGCAACUGAAUGUAGAUGUCAUGAAUGCCAUGAAAUGUAUGCCACGAUUACGUCGAUUGUAUUUAGGGUUGCAAUUGUCAUCCGAUGCCGAAGUGGUCAUCCCUUCCGAUAUGUUUGACGGCAUCUAUGGCUGCAAACGGUUGACUCAUUUAUCACUCAAUGUUUGGGGAAUACACGACACACUGUUAAACGGUAUUGAGAUUAAUCUCCGGAAACUGCAGUCUCUGAUCAUUUCAAGUGAUGAAGACAUCGGAUACAAAUCUGCAUCAGCGGUGGUCAUGAUUUCAAUGAUAGGAUCUAACGCUUUAUAUAAACGGAGGAGAAGCCAGUUGUCAACACACUGUAUGCGAUCAGACAAUCACCUGAAGCACCAGUUGUUUAAUCUAAGGCGAGCCUAUUUGGUCGGACCAUUCAAAGAGGACUGGGAACUGCCUUUCGUGUCGUUUAGACCUUAUUAUCAAAGACAAGACCCGGAGCUCAUGAAAGACGGCACACAAUAUGUAUUGGGCUCAGGGUUUAUAGUCCACCCGAAAGGUCUUGUCGUCACUUCAUUACCCUCUGUGGGCACUCACGCGGAAGUGAUGGUACGACUGGGAAAUGGAGAUGAAGUGAAGGGCAGAGUUGUCACGAAAGACAAUAUAUUAGCCGUCAUUGAGUUGGAGAAGAGAGACAAAGAUUACCCGUCCGUUGAUUUCGCCGAUUCCGAUGCCCUACAGGUUGGCGACGAAGUGUUGGCGCUCACAGACCCGAGAUAUGGGAUCUAUAACUACAUGAGCGACGGUCGGGUCACUGAUCUGCGUCUGAGUGGAUCUCUUGUGCAGAAAUUUCAGCGAAUGUCAGAUCUCGCGGCUUAUGAUUACAUCAUACAUACGGCGCUCUCGAAGGCUAACGGCUCGGCUCUACUGAACCGCGCGGGACAGGUAUUAGGCAUGAAUUGCGCCCAACAGGACAAUCACAUCAAUGUUUGCAUUAUGGUCACAUCCAUGACCAGAAUGAGAGAUAACUUCUACUUCUUAUCCACUUAUGACAAGAGAUUUUGGUUUAUCAGUGAAUCAGACGAAGCGAAUGACAAGAAUAGCCGAAAUGAAUCAGACGAAGCGAAUGACAAGAAUAGCCGAAAGUUGGACACAAUAACCACUAAUUGGCUUAAAAUCGAUGCUUCGCUUUAUUAUGGAUUGAACGCCGAGUGCGGCCUUCAGUUCAGGGAUUCAUUAGUUUUAGUCAAUUAUAACGAGAAGUCACAACAAAAUGAGAUUCUUUACGGAAAUCUUCGCGAUUGGAAGUGGACUUCAAUGGUUUGGUCACAAUUUGAAGGCUUUAAGGUCACCGAAACCUUAUUGGAUUGGAAACGAAGUAUAGACGGCAUCGCCAUCAUCGAGGAGACUCUGUUUCUAUUUCAGGACAAUAAACAGAUUCGCGUCGACUGUCUCUAUAAAACAGAUAAAUGGGUUUAUGAGGUAAACACCGGACACAAGAAUUUCCUGAUAACCGGACCCUUCAAUGCCACUUAUUUCGGGGAACAACAGAAAGAUACCAUUCCCUUAUACAUCAUCAAAGGCGAUAAAUAUCAUAUUUGCUAUCUGAAGAUGUCUGAGAAUGUGAUGGCAACGUGUGAUCCGGAAGACCUUUCGGGCAACAGUUUAAUACCGAAACCUCAGUGUGUCGUAAAGAGUGACCCAAAUAAAGCUCUGUUCACUUCAUUGAUGGUUCAACUCUUCUUACUAUUCAUGAUCUUAGCGGCCGCCACCAUCUUCGCCAACACUCACCUCAUAAACAUGUGGUCGGAAUCCGAUUCCCCAGUGGAGGCCAACACUGCAACAAAACCCAAAAAUACUGCCGAAAUACAGCUAAAAUCACCCGUCAAACCGCCGGUAGGAUUACCCGUCAAACAGCCGGUAGGAUCACCCGUCAAAUCGCCUGUAAAUACCCCGGUCAAUAAGGCCAAAAUGCGUGAACCAUCUAAGGGUCUAAUCGAGAGGAAAUAA